GUGCCUUUCCACCCCGGCCACGCCCACCAUUGCACGGGCGCGAGCACGCCAAGGUCCACGUCGGUGUUUGCGCGGCCGCUCUGGCUGGCCCUGGGGGCGGGGCUGUAGGGGAAAGUGCUAAAACCGUUGAGUGAAGUGAGAAUUCUACUAGAAAGGAAAUGGCUGCCUCUUCAUCAUCCUCCUCAGCUGGCGGGGUCAGUGGAAGUUCUGUCACUGGAUCUGGUUUCAGCGUCUCUGACCUUGCCCCACCUCGGAAAGCCCUUUUCACCUACCCCAAAGGAGCUGGUGAGAUGUUAGAAGAUGGCUCUGAGAGAUUCCUCUGUGAAUCUGUUUUCAGCUAUCAAGUGGCGUCUACACUGAAACAGGUGAAACACGAUCAGCAAGUUGCUCGGAUGGAAAAACUGGCUGGUUUGGUAGAAGAGCUGGAGGCAGAUGAGUGGCGGUUUAAACCCAUCGAGCAGUUGCUGGGGUUCACACCCUCUUCAGGUUGACCAUGACUCCGGUGUGCACAGCAAGUGCAGGGCCAGUGAGGGGCUUUCUGCACAGCUUGCGUAGCUGUCCAGAGACUCACAGUCCCGUCGCUGACUGCUCAUUCACAUCAAUACUUGGUUUCUCUGUAGCUGUCCACAAGCAACAAACAUUUAAAUGUGUGAUCACACAGGGAAAAUUUGUGUUUAUUUGUUUAUAAAAAGCAUUGAGAAUUACAUUAAGACAAUCUGCAUCGGAGAACCAGGAGGCUCGGGUUUAAGAGAUUUAUAAAACUUCACAAGCUGGGUAGAUUACAUGCUGGAACUGGCCAGCUAAACUCGGCUUCUGGCAUUCAUGCAGUGCAUGGGAUCCUCACCAGUCAAGUCUAGGUCAGGAUCUGGAAUUGUAAAAUCCAGCAUUUGUGACCUGAAACAUUCUUUUUGCAGGUGAACGUGAUUUCAACUCAGGACCUGUCUAAAUACGGAAUUUGUAAAUGAUUGGGGGUUUUUUUUCUAUUUUUAGACAUCUAAUUCUAUAGAUUCUAACUUUUUCUAACCUUCUAGAUAUGCCAGUUCAGGCAAAAAGAACUGUUUCUUAAAUGUUAGAGUGCAUGUAGGAAUCAAGCAGUGAGCAAAGUUCUUUAAACACAGAAAUCCUCUUGUUGGUGGGCUCAAGCAAUUCUGUAGCAAAUAAAUCCUCUGAAAGCCCCAGAUUGGUUUCUUUAUCCUUGCAAAGUCUCAGGGCUUUGGGAUAGAGGGAAGAGGUCAGAUUAUUUUUAAUAAGAAUAAAAUCUGAAAACUCUCCUAAACAAAUGGUAGAUUUGCUUUAUCUCGGGGAUAUUUGUCUUUAUAAAAGCAUAUGAAUUUAUCUUAU